GAGAGAGAGAGAGAGAGAGAGAGAGAGAGAGAGAGAGAAAGAGAGAGAGAGAGAGAGAUGUCUCGUUUUCACUUUCUCAUUCGCACUAUAAAGAGCUUUCCAAGUGAAUUCCACGUGAAUCAGAUUUCUGGGAAUAAUCGUCUGUUUGGAUAAGAAGGUUAUUGGGCGGAAAGAAAACAAACAACAAUGCCCCAACGACGCACCAUUCAUUCCUGGCGCUGCCUCUUGUUCACGCGGUCGUGCGGUAUUUCCCGGUUGAUUCCCAUUAUUGGAGAGCGUCAGUAGUAAGUGGUAACCGGAGCUGCAUGCCUGCUGCCGGUGUCUCGAGCUGAUCCGAUUCCUACAGCCUGCCCCCGGUGUAGAUAUGACUUCCUGGCUACAUAAAUACGACUACCCGACUCUGCAUUGCGUGCUGUUCUGCGUGGUAUUGGCCGCUAACAUCAUCGGCGGGAGCUCUCAUUCCGGUGAGAGUAUAUGUUCGUCUCCUCCUGUCUCGUCGUGUUCAGAGUGCCUCCGACGCGGACCACAGUGUGCCUGGUGCUUUGAGGCGGGUUUCCUGGAUGGAGCGGAGGUGGGAGAGCGCUGCGACCUGGUGGGGAACCUGGCAAGGAGGGGGUGUGGUCUAGAGUUCAUAGAGCAUCCAGAGGUCAUGGUGGAGGUCAAUGCUAGGACCAGCAGUACUCAGGUGUCACCGGGAGAGAUCACCCUCACACUCAGACCAGGUGCUGAGGCCAGUGUGAUAGUAGCAGUACAACAGUUAGAGAGGUAUCCUGUUGAUCUGUACUACCUGGUGGACGUAUCAGCAUCCAUGCAAGAAAACCUGGACCAGCUGAAGACGGUGGGCGUAGCCUUGUCCCACCGUAUGAGAGAACAUUCCAGUGAUUUGCGUCUGGGGUUCGGCUCCUUCGUUGACAAACCUGUCUCCCCCUACAUCAAUGUACACCCCUCUAAGAUAAAUAACCCCUGCAGUGACUAUGAGGUGAAGUGUCGCCCAGCCCAUGGCUUCCACCAUGUUCUUAGUAUGACGGCAAACAUGUCCGAGUUUACACGCAUCAUCAAGAGACAGAGGAUAUCAGGCAACAUGGACACACCAGAGGGAGGGUUAGACGCUAUGCUCCAAGCUACUGUAUGUCAGGGUGAGGUGGGUUGGCGUGGGGAGGCCAAGCGUCUGUUGUUGUUGAUGACAGACCAGCCUUCUCACCUGGCGUUGGACAGCAGACUGGCUGGUAUAGUCACACCUCACGAUGGCCUCUGCCAUCUGGAGAACAACGUUUAUAUGGAGAGCACUACCAUGGACCAUCCCAGUUUAGGCCUGCUGGCUGAGAAGCUUCUAGAGAACCACAUCUACUCUCUCUUUGCUGUGGAACAACUACAAUAUCAGUGGUAUGAGGAGUUGGUCAGGUUGCUACCAGGCUCCAAUCUUCUGUUCCAGGCUCCCAAACUUAUAGACGUGGUGGUGGAUGCAUACAAGAGGUUGUUGUCAGUUGUCCAGGUGUCUGUGUCAGUAGAGGACAGAGCGUUCAGCCGUUUCCUGGUCAGCGUCUCUCCUCUCUGUCCGGAAGGAUCUGUAUCCCACGACAACCGCAGCUGCUCCAACGUCCAGCCCAACCAGACGGUCUACUUCAACAUCACCAUUGGCCUGCACUCCUGUCCUGACGAUGAUGAUGAUGUAGAUGACGUGGUCCAGGUCUUCGUCAGGCCCGUGGGUUACAAUGAGUCAACCAUCAUCAAGGUUCACUCACGAUGUCGCUGUCACUGUGGACCGGACUGGCAUUGCCACGACGAUACCACACAUCAGUCAACGUGUGCAGAGGUCACCCCAGAUACAGACCGUAAUAAUCAAGACUUGAACAAUCGGGACAUGCACACACACACACCGGACUUAGACCCAGAGCACACACACACACGCCCUCACACACACGGACCGGAGUGGUCACGGCAGUGUCGUGCGGAGGGAUCGGGGGUGGACUGUAACGGUCGGGGAGUGUGUGUGUGUGGGAAGUGUGUGUGUGAGAGGAACAGUCUAGGAACAGUGUAUGGACAGUACUGUCAGAUGGAUGACUACUCCUGCCCCUACCAACACGGACUACUGUGUGGAGGGCGAGGUAUGUGUGUGUCUGGUGAUUGUGUAUGUGAAGAGGGCUGGACAGGAGAGAGCUGCAGGUGCCCAGUCUCUACGGCAACCUGCCUGUCCGACAACGGGUUGCUAUGCAGCGGGCGUGGCAGGUGUGUGUGUGGCAGAUGCGUGUGUGACAACCAUCAAUAUUCCGGAGCAUUUUGUGAGAGAUGUCCCACCUGCCACAGCUCUUGUCAGUCACACUGGAGGUGUAUAGACUGUCACUUGUCUCACGGUCUGUCUCAGAGAGAGGCGGAGGAGUGCAACCAUACCUGCACAUCAUUAGUGGGUUACGUCAAUGAUGUCACAGGUCAGGUAUGGAGACAGUGUGUGUAUAAGAAAGACAACUGUUACUAUCGCUUCCACACUGCACUUGUCUCAGGAAAUACUCUUCUACAUUUCAACACACAACCUGAGUGUGUAUCCAGUAGGCGGUAUGUGGGGACCUUCCUCAGUGUGUGUGUGUUGACGUUCCUCCCUGGCUUGGUGAUGCUGGCUGUGCUGGUGCUGCUGCUGCACAGACGAUCUUUGCCACAGGGUGGCGCCACUGAUCAACAAUACAACCCCACUGGCAAGGAUCUGUCACACGUCCCAAAGACCAAUGAGAAGACAGUAUCCUACAGGAGGGACCGCCCCCCGGGCCCUGACCGACCAAUGGAGAUGCAUAUCACCGUUCCCAAGAUGCCCCUGGGCGAACCCUGGCAGUAAGGGGUCAGAGGUUAGAGGUCAACGGUUGAAGUGGGCCAAUGCUGCCGGUACAAAAAAGCAGCAACUCUGAUGUUAUACUGCUUGAGAACCGGCACCUGUGAAAUACAGGUACAGUAAAAUGAGUGAGCAAGCCUACAGGAAUCUUUUCUCAGUACACUUACACUGGUUCUAGGUUAGGGGAAGGAUAGUAAAUCAUGAAAACUGGACAGGGUAACACUCCAAACAAGAGCCUUGUUACUGAUACUGUAAUAUUAUGUGGCUUUAUGGACUGGCAGCCAUUGAAAGGUACUGAACAUUGAUCAUUGAUCGAUUUAUCAAUGCUAAAUAUUUAUGCUUUUAUUACAGAGAACACUACAAGUUUAUUAGUUUACUUGAUCUCUCUCUCUCUCUACUCAACCUGUGUGUCCUGUGUUAGCUUGCUACCUAGUGGUCAGUGGUGAAACGACAUAACAGAAUGGGAUGAAUGAAUAAUUGAAUGAAUGAAUGAAUGAAUGAAUGGUUACCUUGCACCAGCAGUAACGUGUGAAUAUGUGACACUCCACAAUCAUUACCUUUUUUUACCUACCACCAAAUCUACUUGAUGUCUUUAUUUGAUGUGCCUGGCAUAACUGGAGUUCUGAGAGGACAGGUAGCCUCCAAAGGUUGUUAAUGUACAGCAUCUAGUUUUAAUAUUUGAAACAAGCAUUCAUUUUAAAUUAGCAUACUUGUGGAGAGACAGAGUAGAGAUUUGCACUAGCAUCGUUACGUAGCAUGAUAGGUCGUAGUGUUGUCAGACUACUGAGCGCUAAUUGGCUCCUGAACUAUUGGGAAGGCUGCUGAUUGGCUCCUAAACUACUGGGAAGACUCCUGAUUGGAUCCUGAACGUUCCAUACUACACUUCUAUCUAAUAAUACAUUUGUUACAUGUUCACUUUACAUCUGAUGUCUGAUGUUUACAGCAUUCAUAGCUGCUAAUUUAUUUAGUCCAUAACACUAAUAAUAUUAUUUAUUAUGAUUUAUUUCAAAAAAAUGUGUUUCUUGUAAUUUUUUUAAUUCUAUUUUUAAUGAAAGGUACUGACUGGCUACAGGGCUGUAAUAUUACAGGACUGUAGCUCAAUGUUAAAUGAAUCAGCAAUUAUAAAAAUGAUCUCUCUAAGCGGCAGACUUGGGUCAAAUACUUUCAAAAACUGGUACCACAUUAUUAGAACGGUACCCAUUGUCUCACGUCAGAAAGCUUGACAACCUUGUCUGCACUGCAUAGUUCAUAGCCAGUCUGAAGACAAUGAAGGGAACCUACAGCGCAUUCAGAAAGUAUUCAGACCCCUUGACUUUUUCCACAUUUUGUUACGUUACAGCCUCAUUCUAAAAUGGAUUAAAUUAUUACAUUUUCUCAUCAAUCUACACACAAUACCCCAUAAUGACAAAGCAAAAACUGUUUAUUUGAAAUCUUUGCAAAUUGAUUAAAAAACAGAUAUCACAUUUACAUAAGUAUUCCAACCCUUUACUCAGUACUUUGUUGAAGCACAUUUAGCAGUGAUUACAGCCUAAAGUCUUCUUGGGUAUGACGCUACAAGCUUGGCACACCUGUAUUUGGGGAGUUUCUCCCAGUCUUCUCUGCAGAUCCUCUGCACAGCUAUUUUUAGGUCUCUCCAGAGAUGUUCAAGUCCGGGCUCAGGCUGAGCCGCUCAAGGACAUUCAGAGACUUGUCCCUAAGCCACUCCUGCGUUGUCUUGGCUGUGUGCUUAGGGCCGUUGUCCUGUUGGAAGCUGAACUUUCGCCCCAGUCUGAGGUCCUGAGCGCUCUAGAGCAGGUUUUCCUCAAGGAUCUCUCUGUACUUUUCUCCGUUCAUCUUUCCCUCGAUCCUGACUAGUCUCGCAGUCCCUGCCGCUGAAAAACAUCCCCACAGCAUGAUGCUGCCACCAUGUUUCACCGUAGGGAUGGUGGCAGGUUUCCUCCAGGCAUGAUGCUUGGCAUUCAGGACAAAGAGUUUAAUCUUGGUUUCAUUAGACCAGAGAAUCUUGUUUCUCAUGGUCUGAGAGUCCUUCAGGUGCCUUUGGGCAAACUCCAAGCAGGCUGUCAUGUGCCUUUUACUGAGGAGUGGCUUCCGUCUGGCCACUCUAUCAUAUAGGCCUGAUUGGUGGAGUGCUGCAGAGAUGGUUGUCCUUCUGGAAGGUUCUCCCAUCUCCACAGAGGAACUCUGGAGCUCUGUCAGAGUGACCAUCAGGUUCUUGGUCACCUCCCUGACCAAGGCUCUUCUCCCCCCAUUGCUAAGUUUUGCUGGGCGGCCAGCUCUAGGAGGAGUUGGUGGUUCAGAACCUCUUCCAUUUAAGAAUGAUGGAAGCCACUGUGUUCUUGGGGAACUUCAAUGUUGCAGAAAUGUUUUUGUGCCCUUCCCCAGAUCUGUGCCUCGACACUAUUCUGUCUCGGAUCUCUACGGACAAUUCCUUCAACCUCAUGGCUUGGUUUUUGCUCUGACAUGCACUGUCAACUCUGGGACCUUAUAUAGACAGGUGUGUGCCUUUCUAAAUCAUGUCCAAUCAAUUGAAUUUACCAUAAGUAGACUCCAAUCAAGUUUAAUCCAUUUUAGAAUAAGGCUGUAAUGUAACAAAUUGUGGAAAAAGGAAAGAGGUCUGAAUGCUUUCCGAAUGCACUGCACAUAAGGAUUUCGUUACACGUGCAUAACCCACAAAUAAGUCCUCCAUAAGCAGUACUUAAGUUGUUUACAAAAUUCUUAUGUCAAGUUGAUAAUUUCAGCACAUCACUGAGUUUGUGCAGUACAAUGAAACCAUUGCAAUAGUCCCAAAAGUUCAAACUCAAAGCUAAAUUAAAGCUCAGCUAUUUGACAUGUAUUUGACCUCAGACUGCUAACUGGGCAUUGUGUUUGUAUAAUAAAAGCACGUUUGUGUAUAUUUUCUGUAAAUGCAUGUGAUUAAGAGUUCCUGUAACAUGAAUGUUUUAAUGUAAUUAUUAAGUGUUAGAUUUGAACUGAUGUCUAACUCGUUCUGAUUCUUUAUAAACCUCAACACUCCUUAGUAAAUGUAUCAUAAGCUGAAGUGACUGACUAUCCAUUCAUUGAGUUUAUUAGACAGUGCAAUAGACAUACAGCCACACCACACACCAAUGCAAUUGAAGACAUAUGACCUAGUCUUAUUUUACAAAAUAGAGUUGAUGCACAAGAAUAAAGCAGGAAAGCAUGUGGCCUUUUCUAUUCCUUCA